AUGAAGAGUCUGGGUUGUGUCAAGGACGUCCAAAGAUUGGCAGGUCGACUAACCUCGUUAUCCCGUUUCCUCGGAGCCUCGGCAACAAGGGCCCUACCCUUCUUUAACCUCAUGAGGAAAGGGAUAGCGUUCGAAUGGACGCCCGCAUGCGAGGAAGCUUUCAAGCACUUCAAGGAAAUCCUAGCGACGCCCCCCGUACUCGGAAAGCCAAAGGCCGGAGAGCCGUUAUACUUGUACCUCGCCAUAACAGGAGAAGCCCUGACCGCGGUCUUGAUACGAGAAGAAGAAAGGGCUCAGCAGCCGGUCUAUUUCGUGAGCAGAGCCCUACAAGGGGCGGAACUUAGGUACAGCAAACUGGAAAAGCUAGCUCUGGCACUCUUGACCACCUCGAGGAGGUUAAAACAAUACUUCCAAGGCCACCAGAUAGUCGUGAGGACGGACCAAGGAAUCCGGCAAGUACUCCAGAAACCCGAUUUGGCGGGAAGAAUGAUGACUUGGUCCAUCGAACUCUACCAAUACGACAUACGGUACGAGCCCCGACAAGCGAUCAAGGCGCAAGCAAUGGCAGAUUUUUUGGUUGAAGUAACGGGAGAACCAACCGAAGAAACGGGCACACGGUGGAGGCUCCAUGUGGAUGGGGCCUCCAAUCAGACAUCCGGGGGCGCCGGGAUCAUCCUAGAGAGCCCGGCCGGGGUCGUGUACGAGCAGUCGAUCAAGUUUGAAUUCCCCGUUUCGAACAACCAAGCAGAAUACGAAGCCCUUAUAGGAGGCUUAACCCUAGCAACGGAGGUCGGAGCGACAAGGUUGGAAAUAUGCAGCGAUUCACAGGUUGUCACCUCCCAACUGAACGGGAGCUACCAAGCCAGGGACUCGCUACUACAAAAGUACUUGGAGAAAGUCAAGGAUUUGAGCCGGAAGUUUGAGGAAGUCACGAUCCACCACGUUCCGAGGGAAAGGAACACACGGGCAGACCUCCUAUCGAAGUUGGCUAGCACCAAACCGGGAGAGGGUAACCGAUCUCUCAUCCAAGGAAUGAUGAAGGAGCCGGCAAUCACCUUGCACCUCUCAAAGCUAAACCCCUCAUGGUUGGACCCCAUCACGGACUUCUUAGAAAAAGAUAAACUUCCCGACAAUGAAAAAGAUGCCAAGAAGCUGAGAAGGGAAGCAACCAGAUAUGCAAUCAUCCAGGGUCAGUUGUUCAGGAAAGGAUUCAACCAGUCCCUACUGAAAUGCCUGCACCCCGACCAAACGGACUACGUCCUCAGGAAAGUCCAUGAAGGGUGCUGCGGCUAUCACAUAGGAGGCAAAGCCCUGGCGAGAAAAUUAAUCCGGGCAGGGUACUAUUAG